AUGGGACAACAUCACGUUACCUCUCGAUUCACCCGACGUGACCUCUCGCUCUUGGCCCAGUCGUCGUCGAAAUCCCCCCUGCGUGUGAUUUCGCUGAUUGAUUACGAUUCGUUCUAUGCCCAAUGUGAAAGUGUGCGCCUGGGGAUUUCUCCAGACACGCCUCUGGGCGUGCAGCAAUGGGAUGCCAUCAUCGCGUUGAAUUAUGCAGCCAGGAGAUAUGGACUCGCCCGUGCCAUUUCCGUCAAAGAAGCUAGAUUGAAAUGUCCGGAUAUAGUCCUGCAACAUGUUCCUACCUGGAGAGAAAGAUCUGAGACCUGGGCAUACAGACCUGUUGCCACCAUCAUGCCAGGCACCGACAAAGCAGCCCUAGAUCCGUACCGUCUAGAAUCACGAAAGGGACAUGGGGUGAUCAGAAGAACGUUGCCACAAGAUCCCCCACCACUAAUCGAAAAGGCCAGCGUCGAUGAAGUAUUCCUCGACCUUUCGGCGCAGGUUUAUGCCAUCAUGAUGCAGAGAUACCCUAACUUGCUAGACGGGGAAACUUCGUCACCAAGUGAGCCUCUGCCUUUGCCAGAUACUGCUGUAUUAGAUUGGCACGCAGACUCUGUCUUUGGAGAUGAUACAGGACUUGAACCUGUUGAUUGGGAUGAUUUGUCUUUGCUUAUCGGAUCGGAAAUUGUGCAAAACCUAAGACGUGAGAUUUUUGGACAGUUGAAGUACACUUGCUCGGCUGGUAUAGCCCGUAACAAGAUGUUGGCCAAACUUGCAAGCGCACACAAGAAGCCGAAUCACCAGACAAUUGUCCUGCGUCGAGGAACUUGCGAAUUUCUUUCUGCGCACAAGCUCACCAAGAUACGUGGCCUUGGAGGAGCUUUGGGUGCCAAAUUUGUUGAAAUUUUCAAGACAGACAUGGUCUCAGAGCUCCAUCAUGUAUCUCUGCCUCAGAUGGAAGAAGCUAUGGGGCCGGAGAUUGGGGAGUGGAUUUUCAAAAUCAUACAUGGUGAAGACCAAAGUGAGAUCAACCCUCAAACCGAUGUCCAGUCCAUGCUCUCUGCGAAAACGUUCGUGCCAAAAAUCACUUCGGUUGAGCAGGCGGAAAAAUGGCUUCACAUUUUUGUUGCAGAUCUGUUGAGUCGUCUGGCAGAGCUGGAUGCUGAAGGCCAUCAAGUCUGCCCCACUGUGGUUACUUUGAAUCACCUCAUAGAGGGCCGCUUUGGUCCCACUCGCUCCAAGCAGCUCACCAUACCAAGAUCAAUAUCAAUAACCAAGGAAUCCUUGUACAAGACCGCCCGUGAUCUACUUAAUCAGAUUGUCAGGGAAAAGAACAGCUGGCCUUGCAGAAGUUUGUCUCUACGGAUUUCUGGAUUUCAGAAAGUCCCACGACAUCAUGGCCUCAUUUCAUCAUACUUCACAAGUUACGCCACCACAAAGUCGCCUUCGAAACAGUUGACAAACGACUCUACGGCAAAUCGGCACGCUGACGACCUGCCCGAGAAGCGUGAGUGUGUCCAGCUUCCACCCCUCGAAGGCAAUUCCGUCUCCGAGGGAAAAUCAUUCAAAUCUGCUUUGAUAAACAAGGAAACUUUUGGUGGGCUGGAAUCAGAAUCAGAACUUUACGUGUGUCCCCAUUGCAAAAUUUCAGUCCCCGCAAGUGAAGUACUUGAGCAUUUGGACUGGCAUGUGGCACUCGAACUCUCUGAAGCCGAUACAUUGAAUGAGUGA